GAUCUCACUUGGAUUAUGUGAUUUUUGUGUGUGUUUACUCUGUCCAUACAUCGAUUUGGUUUUGUGAGAUUAUUCAAUUUUCACUUUCAUAGCAUGUUUGGAAAUAUUAAAGCAUAUUUAAAUCUAUUUCUGCAUUUCAUUACCUUGGUAGUUGGUAUGGUCUUGUUUAGAAAGCUGCUUUUAGUUUUCCUUAAUCGCCUUUAAUGUUUUCCGUUACCUAUGACUUAUCUGAGUUAAGUAUGGUCAGCAAUUUUAUCAAAAUUCUGAAUUAUAAAAACAAUAGUUUUGUGAAUGAUCCUUGCUGUCAAGAGCCCUUCUCGAUUAAAGUAGAAUUGAAUUAGAACCGUUUUAGUUUUCGAUGAUUUUUAUAGAAGUGUCAUUCUCUUUAGGAUCAAAUUGAAAAUUAGAUCUGUCGUUUUCUCAUUUUAACACGUAGAGUUUUACUGUUGUUUCCGAUUUGGCGUUCGAUGAUUUAUGUUCACAAGGACAUUUAGACAGAAAAGAAAGAAUUUGAGAUUGUUUAUUUUUUGCUUAUAUAAUUUGAAUUACUGUCUACUGACAAAAUAAAAGAACAAAUAUGUUCUUUAAAAUGUCUCCUGGAUAAUUAUUCAGUGUAGGAAGUUUGUUUUAUUGCUCCAAAGAUGUCGGGUGAACCGCCUCACCAUCCUCAUAAUAGGCCUUGGGACUUCAUUGGGAUUCCUAAUUGGAGGCAGCCUCAACAUGCACACAUGGCCAACAAACAUUCCAUAAUGCAUCAACCAAACUGGCAUCCACCUACGACUGAGUCAAUGAAGGUACUAAGCCAACUCCCACACAAUUUUGCUCUCCAUCAAAUGUUCGAAAAUAUUCCAAUGGCAAAUCAACCCCCAGGAGUGGACCUAUCCAGAGGCAGCUUGAAUGGCGAAGUCUCAACUUCACCAAUCAGUCUCAGUGUGAAAGAUUCAAAAAAAUUCUGUGGUGCUCCGGAGACAAGUGUGUGUUUCAACCCUAAAACAAAGAGUUCGGAAAGUGCGCACAGUGAAUCUGUUAAUGAUAUCAAGGUAACUAAACGGGCUAGUCCCUUGGAUUCGGUGUUGGAAAGACUAAAGCCUAGUUUUGUGAAUUCAACGGAUAGAAGUGUCGAGCUGGUUAAGAUUCCCGAAGUUUGUGAUUUGCCCCAAAAAUCGGACUCAACUACUAUUUCAGAUAAGUCGCAAGGGGCCACAAUGCCCCCAACAGUUUCUCAGGAUGAGAGCAGCGAUUCCAGCACCCUAAACGUACCAAAUUCUAAAGAAGAAGAGGCCAUCUCCCCCUACAACACUGAAGACAGUUUGGACAGCAACAAAUCAAGGAGAAAACGGAAACCCAGCAAAACGUUGAGGUGCGCAAAGAACGAAGAGAGGAUUUUUAGCGAAUCUGAAAGUUCUAAGCCGCAAGAAGUCAUUAGAAAGCAGCCAAGCAAUAAUAUCGAAAUUUGCGCCGUACUAUCGGAAAAAAAAACAGAACCAUCACAAGAUACUGUUAAUCCUGUGCCUAUAGAAAGACGGAGAUCUUCCAGUUUGGACUUGAACGUCGUUCCGGCUAAGACCAGAAGAAAAACUUCUUCCGAGUCCGAAACCAUAGACAACAUAGCAGCUAUGGUUCAGGAGGGAUUGAAGGAAAAAGAGGAAAAACUGAAGGAAAAGGAAAGCAAACCAGCAAUCUGCAACGAUAUCACCUUCGUACCUGUGAGUGUCAUAAAAAAUAAAGAAGAGAUAGACGACAAUAUCUGUCAGGAAAGUACAGUAUCAGAAAGUACAACCAAAGUUUCAACGCCUCUAAUAACACCGGCACAAAAAAAGGAAACGCACUUUGUUGAGAUUGAAAAUAAACUGGAAGAGAUGUUUGCUGGUAUCGAAGACACUGCGGACCCUUUGAAAACGGACGAUUUAAAUUUGGAAGAUUCCAAACUAGAAGAUCCUCUUUUGGAAGAUUCCGUUGCUGUACUAACUUGUCAAGACAAUGUCUCAUCAACGUCCAAUGACUUGACAAUGACAAAAGGAAACGUUAAAGCAAGAAAAAGUAAAAGUAAGAUAGUUAAAAAGAAAGACGAUAAUAAAAAAGUAUUAUCCAAGAAGGUGAACAAGAAAAACCUCAAAAAUAAAAAGGUUGUACAAAAAAUUACUGCGAAACCCGAAACUUUAAAAGAAGUCACAUACGACUCUAGCAGUAAUGCAAGUUCUGCGAAAUCUAAAGGUCCGUUUUUACACAUCAGAGGCCCGAGGAGUUCCCCGAUAUCAGUAAGUAUCGUUAACACCCCAACGAAAGACGAGGAUGACGCAGAUAAAAAAAUUAAAACGAAGAAAUUCCACGAUGACAGCGAAUACAGACAUAAAGUCAGGUCGAAGGGUUUGCAUUGCAGCACUUUGAGCAACAAAUAUGACGCUCAAACCAAAGACGCGACGUGGAUCUGCGUCUUCUGCAAAAAAGGACCUCACACCAACGAAAAAAUGAUUACCGAUAACACUUCCUUGCCCAGUGGGGACCUCUUUGGGCCCUACUUCAUUUCCAUGGAUUGCGAAGAAUACGAGAGGAGGCUAGAAGACCCUUACGACAAGAAUUUCAAGAGUAAAAAAAUAAUAAAAGUGUUGGAUUCUUCGAGGCAACCACCAGCUAAAAAGGCUAAGAAGAGAAACUCUGAGAUCGAUUCAGACAUGGCUGAUCCGUACUUGGGCAUCGUGGACACUACGAACAACUCCUUCGAGGUGUGGGUGCACGAGGAAUGCCUGGUUUGGAGCCCCGGAGUGUACCUAGUAGGUCCGAAGAUCAUUGGACUUCAAGAAGCCGUGUGGACUUCAUGUAAUGUAUCGUGCAACAGGUGCAAUUACAAGGGGGCGAAUAUUUGUUGUUUGUACAGGGGGUGUAUGAAGGUGGUGCAUGUAUGGUGUGCUAGGUCUUUGAAUUGGGACUUCAAUGAAGAGUGUUUCAAGACUUUCUGUGAUGAACAUCGCAAAUGGGACAAGACGGGGUGAUCUGAGUGAUUGUGAUCUAUUUUAACACUUUAGGUUUGUUAAACGGAGGUCGAACUGAUGAAACGAGAGCUUCGUUCAAUUCUUCUCAUAGUAUGAAUGUUUUAUAGCGUCACAGUCGUAUUAUGCAAACCUCACUUAAUUUUCAGGUACUGUGAUAUGGAAUAAUCUUCUUAUUUUAUUCGACAUUGGAAAAAGUGUUUCUAGCAAGGAAGUUUUGACAUUAUACUGUAGAAAUUGUACAUAUUCCCCCUCCUCUCCCCUUUAUCGUGUAUGUCAUUGUUGGGUGCUAGAAAACGAAAGAACACGAUUAUGCAAAAUUGAAAUUAUUAACUCAUCAACAGUUGGAUCUUCAGGUACAAUCUUUUUUUUGUAAUGUUAUUGAUUUUAAUUUUACGAGUUAGAACUACCUAUUGGUUUUUGUAAAUAUCUGUAAUACUACACCUGUGUCAGGAUAACUAAAUAAAAAUUUUACAAAUUC